AUCCCCCCCCCGCCAGAUGACCCCCUGGGAGCUCAGUCCCUCAUAGUGACCACCCCAGGCAGAUCACCCUGCACUCCGAGGAUCCAGUGUCCACACCAGAGCCUCCCUUUCACGGUGCCUGCAGGGCGCUCCCCGCGCCCAUACAACCCGUCACUGUGGCCUCAGGCGGGGCUGGCGCUCAGCCAGCACCUCAGCUCUUCUGCUUCGAGAGCAGCUAUUCAGCUACACGUCUCCCAGUCUGUCCUCACGCAGUUGGCAGUUCUGGGGUCUUGCUUGUAGCUGAGACCUGGUCUGUUGAAAGCCCGUUUGACACUUGAUCCCUUUAUCAGCGGUAUUAGGUAACUUUCCCAGAAUUGUGCAAUCCUCACAUCUGAUGAUGUCUUCAUCAAAAGGCCAACUGCUGUUCUACUGGGGUCAACCCUCCCCACCCGCCUGCCUAGCUCUCCCCCUUUGGCAGCACCCCUUGGGUCUGCAGGGCUGACCUAGAAAUUCAUCUAGAGAAAUUUGCUGAGAUCAGUUUUGAUGAAAACUGAGACAGCUCAGCAGCCUGCCAUUCAAUCAUUCAACAGAAAUCUGUGGAACUCUCACUCCGUGCCAUGCUCUGUGCCAGGCUCCCAUCCUCUGUGAAAGGUGUGAUGUCGGGAGCUACAUGAUCCUAUGGGGCACAUAGUUUGGGCAUCUGACCCAGUCUGGGGGAAUGUGAGAAGUGGGCAGGGGAGGCUUCCUGGAGGAGGUGACAUCUAAGUGGGAUUCUGAAGGCUGAGGAGUCAAGCAAAGAGAGUAGGGGUAGAUGAGGGUAUUUGAGGUAGAAGAAAGCAUAUAAAAGACCCAGAGGCUGGGGGCAGGACAGAGCACAUUCGGGGGCACGGCGUGUCAUUCAUCAUGUCUGGAAUUUGGAUUUGGAGGUGGUGUGGAAAAGAUGGAGCUGGCAAGGUAAAUGGUGUCAGUUUAUGAAGGGACACUCACCGGCAUGCCAGCAUUCCAGGUCACUCUCCUUUUGAAUGGAUCCCCUCCUAUUCCAUGCAACUUCGAGAAGUUCUGACCUUCCCCAGUAUUUCCGAGGCUUCCGAGGGCUGUUGUCUACGUGGCCUGGUCAUUGCCCAUCAGAUCUCUCCCAAAAGCUGGUCAGCAUGGUGGUGGCAUAAACCCACCUAUGAGAGCCAAAGAGUCAGCUAUAGUUGUCAGCUAUGAGGAGGUUGCCAGCUGUUGCUGCCCAAUCCCAGAAGGCCCAUGUUUUCUCCUUCCCAGUCCUGGGCGUGGAUCCAGGCUGAGCCCGAGCCUCUCCAUCGGGACCCCCAGAAGUUAACUCUUCAAGCUAGUGGGUAGCACAGCUGGAAUCUCGACUCAGGCUCUCUGGUAGCACAGCCUCGCUCUGGUUAAAGCUCUGAGGUCGGUUCACAGAGCCAGGGAGGGGAAUUGGGGGAUGCGUGGACCGCAGGUCAUCUGCCAGCCCUCACCCCAUCCCCUAGGUGCCCCAACCUCUCAUGGAGCCCCACCUCCCCUCUUUAGCAUGACCUCUCCUAAGCCCCUCAACUGCCUCCUCACCCAUAAAAGUGGCCCCUGAUAGCCCUACUUGGUCCACUAGGACCCCACCCCUUGUGGCAACGGCUCCCAGAAUAGGGCUGGACCCCUGAUCCCAGCUGUGGCUAUCAAGUUCCUUCCUGCGGACUUUGGAAUCUAUGGGGGGCAUGUUCAUUCAUGCUGGGAAACCCCACUUGCCCUGGUGCUAAACCUGUAAUCUGUGGACUCUAACCCGGAAGGCAGUCCUGUUCUGCCUGCACCUGGAAGCACAAGCAGCUUGACGGCAGAGUGGGAGGAGCAAAGAGUGAGGGAGCAGCCCCGUCUCUAGGGCUUCUUUGUUCCCUAUCCCUGGCCUUCCAAGGCCAGCGAGGUCCCUUCUACUUUCCUGCUCUUGGGUUCCAUGAGAUACCCCUGUAUUUGUAUAACAAUUCUUAAUUUUGGCUCAAGCCAGCUCAAGUGGGUCUUUUGCUUGCAACCAAAGAGCAUUAGGUACACGGUAAGAGCUCCAAAUUAAGGGACCAUUUACUUGUUCAUCUUCAACUUUUGAGAGUGAAAUGAGGCGCUGUUAGUGAUUACACUGGGACUACAGGUAUAAACUGGGAUAACGCAGGCAAACCAGGACAUCUGGUUCCCCUAUCUGUAAGUGAAAAGAAAAACACACAGAUCACUUUCAUCUCCUUUUGUUCUUCAGGCAAUCUGGGAGGGCGUAUUAGGCGGGGGUUUUCAUUUUUCUCUCUGAGACAAAGUCCGUGGCAGAAGCUGGUCCGAGGUGGCAGGGUUGGGGGGCGCGGUGGCGAUCUGGAGAGGCUCAGGCCCAAGAGUGGACGUGUUUUCUUUCUUGCCUGGUUGAUGUGGAGGCGGAAAGCUGAUUCUGGCUGCUGAAGAAGGUCAGGGCUGUGUUUCCCUUCCUUUCUUCUUGAUAGAUGAAUGGGAAAAGGCCUGCUCUUUGAUAUGUGGAUUUUCGAAGGCCAAGAGGGUUGGUGCCAUUCCAGGAAUAUACUAUUUUGUGGGCGGGACAGUGGGCAAGGACCUGAGGGAAGGAGUCAAGGGAGGCCUCACAACAGCCCAAGUAGCCAGAUGGCUGGAGGUCUCAAGAGCUCCAAGUGGCCAGGCUUGGGCCCCUGCCCGCAUCUCCAGCCAUGGUACUCGUAGGGCUGCUGCUGCUGCUGCUGCUGCUGCUGCCCUUGCUAGUCGGCACUCGCCUGCUGUGGGGCCAGUGGAAGCUCAGGAGCCUCCACCUCCCACCUCUUGUCCCCGGCUUCCUGCACCUGCUGCAGCCCAACCUCCCCGUCUAUCUGCUUGGCCUGACUCAGAAACUCGGGCCCAUCUACAGGCUCCGCCUCGGGCUGCAAGAUGUGGUGGUGCUGAACUCCAAGAGGACCAUUGAGGAGGCCCUGAUCAGGAAGUGGGUGGACUUUGCCGGCAGACCCCAGAUACCAUCCUACCAGCUGGUAUCUCAGCACUGCCAGGACAUCUCACUGGGGGACUACUCCCUGCUCUGGAAGGCCCACAAGAAACUCACGCGCUCAGCCCUGCUGCUGGGCGUCCGCAGCUCCAUGGAGCCCCGGGUGGAGCAGCUGACCCAGGAGUUCUGUGAGCGCAUGAAAGCCCGGGCAGGUGCCCCCGUGACCAUCCAGAAGGAAUUCUCUCUCCUCACCUGCAGCAUCAUCUGUUACCUCACCUUUGGACACAAGGAGGACACCUUAGUACAUGCAUUUCACGACUGUGUCCAGGACUUGAUGAAAACCUGGGAUCACUGGUCCAUCCAAAUUUUGGACAUGGUUCCCUUUCUCAGGUUCUUCCCCAACCCCGGGCUCCGGAGGCUGAAGCAGGCCAUGGAGAACAGGGACCACAUUGUAGAGAAGCAGCUGAGGCAGCACAAGGAGAGCAUGGUGGCGGGCCAGUGGAGGGACAUGACGGACUACAUGCUCCAGGGGAUGGGGAAGCAAAGAGUGGAAGAGGGCCCCGGGCAGCUCCUUGAAGGGCACGUGCAUAUGUCCGUGGUGGACCUUUUCAUCGGUGGCACUGAGACCACAGCAAACACCCUUUCCUGGGCUGUGGCGUUCCUGCUUCACCACCCUGAGAUUCAGCGGCGACUGCAGGAGGAGUUGGAUCGCGAGCUGGGCCCCGGAGCCUCGGGCUCCCGAGUCCCAUACAAGGACCGCGCUCGGCUGCCCUUGCUCAACGCCACCAUCGCUGAGGUGCUGCGCCUGCGGCCCGUCGUGCCCCUGGCCUUGCCGCACCGCGCCACGCGGGCUAGCAGCAUCUUUGGCUACGACAUCCCCGAGGGCAUGGUUGUCAUCCCCAACCUCCAAGGUGCCCACCUGGACGAGACCGUGUGGGAGCGGCCGCAUGAGUUCCGGCCCGACCGCUUCCUGGACGCGGGCGCGAACCCCAGCGCGCUGGCCUUUGGCUGCGGGGCGCGCGUGUGCCUGGGCGAGCCGCUGGCGCGCCUCGAGCUCUUCGUGGUGCUGGGGCAACUGCUGCAGGCCUUCACGCUGCUGUCGCCCGCGGGCGCCCUGCCCUCGCUGCAGCCCCAUCCCUACUGCGGCGUCAACCUCAAGAUUCAGCCUUUCCAGGUGCGGCUGCAGCCCCGGGGCGGCGGAGGCCGGGGCGUGCGCGAGCGCCAAUGACCAGUGACGGAGCCCGGACUCACUGGCCUCGGUUUCUCCUUUUAUUGCUCCCGUACAAACCCCUUCCCUCCCCCCUGUAAACAUGGUGCUGUGAGAUCGCGGGUGGAGAAGGCUUCCUCCGGUGUUUGGAUGGUGAAGGUGGCCCUCGGCUCUUCUCUGAGCGCAACCCCUCAGUGCUCGGCAGUCAUAGUAGGGCGCUGGAGGGGUGAGCAGCGGCUCAGCCUCCCCUGCCCGGGGGCCGGUAGCUUCUUGGUCUCAGCUUCAUUUCCGUGAAGGGCACGGAGAAGUCAAAGCCCUUCCAGUAGUACCAGCUCACUCCCUGGGAAGGGGUUGUCGAGAGAGAGAGUCAAAGCCUGACAUCCCAUCUGCUCCCAUCUCUGCUCCCCUCUGGCGAGAUGGUUCCCACAAAUCCAUCAAGGAUCCUCCCUCCCUUUAUCCUUCUUAAACCCUCAAUUACAAAGGACUGAGGCUGAAUCCUGAGCUGUCCCUUUACAUCCAAUAAAUCAUCUCCUCGAGA